AUGCCAUUCAAAGACCGAGAUGGCAAUGAUUUGGCGACCUGCUCGGUGGAGGAUGUUUACAAGGUGUGGAAGGAAGAGGCCAGCGUACGGAUGGUAGCUGUGCGGGCAGACCGGCUUUUCGAACCCUCAGCAGCCAAAACCCCUACUGAUCAGCCACGUGGGAUUCGGAUGAACAUCCGGGAUACUGUGCACAACAUGUAUGUGUUGAAACCGCUGUUGGAGAGAAUGGUGGAGCACACUCAUCAUCCUGUCCCCUAUGUCAAAGACUUGGCCCGGGAGAUCAAGCUCUUCAGAUCCAAGAUGAAUCUCAUCCCGCAGAAGGACAAGGUGAAGCUUGAUGCCUGGACAGCAAAAUCUAUGCUGAGCUUUGUGAAGAUGAAAACUCACAAGAACCUGGGAUCUCAUGACUUGCAUUUCCUGAGUCUUCAGCGCAUAUUGGAUCCAACCAUCCAGCCCUACAACCAAUGGAGCCCGGAUGGUGCUGAGUCAGAAGGGGAUGGGGAGUCGGGAUGUGAUGGCGAUGGGCUGGUCUACGAUCCUCAGGAUUACGAACAGGAUUCCGAUGUGGAUGAAUGGUUUGACAACUUCCUCAAGAGUUCUUCGAAUUUGGGCUCUGAGGCAGAUGCCCCAAAGGCUUUGCCAGACAAGGUCGAACCGGAUGAAUGCACGCGUCCUGUUGCCCGGCCACUUCAGCGGAGCAUGACAACAGGUCCAUCCAGUGGAUCAGAUGUGCUUAUGAUUGAGGAAUCCCCUGUCAAGGUUGAGGUGCUGGGCGAGGAUGACAAGAAUCCAUCAAACGACACGAAGGCCAAGAAGGUAGAGCAGAUCGCGCAACUCCGAGAGCACCUUAAGACUUUGGAGCUUCAAAUGGCCAAAGCCGCGUCAUGCCAUGCUGUCAUCGCUGCAGAUUUGAAGAGCUCUUCAACUUCAUCGGUUCUCGUCGAUGAAUCGCUCCCAUAUGGUCAAGAUUCAGAUCCCACUAUUCCCAUGGAUCUGUCCUCUGGUGUAACAGCAUCGGUAGAGGGGAUGAUUGCGAGGGGCGAACAAGCGGAUGCUGCUCAACUCCCUGAAGUCGAGACAAAGGAUCAGGAGGUCAGGGAGAAGGGUACAACAUAG